ACGGGCCGGAGGCUCUUGCGUGCACACGAUGUCGGGACUCGUCCACGGCGGGCAGGGGGACCACGGGGGACAGGCCGGCUUCGUGCUGGGGCUGGACGUGGGCAGCUCGGUGAUCCGCUGCCACGUCUACGAUCGUGCGGCGCGGGUCCGCGGCUCCAGCGCGCAGAAGGUAGAAAGUCUUUAUCCUCAAGCUGGCUGGGUUGAAAUUGAUCCUGAAGUUCUCUGGACCCAAUUUGUGGCUGUAAUAAAGGAAUCUGUCAAAGCUGCAGGUAUAGAAAUGAAUCAAAUAAUGGGCCUGGGCAUUUCCACACAGAGGGCAACUUUUAUUACAUGGAACAAGAAAACUGGAAGUCAUUUUCACAAUUUCAUUAGUUGGCAAGACCUAAGAGCUAUUGAACUUGUAAAAUCUUGGAAUAGUUCUCUUUUAAUGAAGCUAAUCAACACUUCCAGUCAAUUGCUUCACUUUUUCACCAGAAGUAAACGGUGGUUCGCAGUCAGCCUGUUCAAAUUCACGACCCAGCAUGUUUCUCUGAGAUUAGCCUGGGUUUUGCAGAAUCUUGUGGAGGUGAAAAAGGCCAUUGAGGAAGAAAAUUGCUGCUUUGGGACCAUUGAUACCUGGUUGUUACAUAAGCUCACAAAAGGCGCUGAGUUUGCCACGGAUUUUUCCAAUGCAAGUACAACUGGACUCUUUGACCCUUAUGAGAUGUGUUGGAGCAGUUUUAUCACCUCCCUUCUCUCCAUCCCGCUCUCCCUCCUGCCUCCCGUCAGGGACACGAGCCAAAAUUUCGGAUUCGUGGAUGAAGAGAUCUUUGGUGUGCCUAUACCAAUAGUGGCCUUGGUGGCCGACCAGCAGUCUGCCAUGUUUGGGGAGUGCUGCUUUCAGCCCGGGGAUGUGAAGCUGACCAUGGGCACUGGGACAUUUCUGGACAUUAACACUGGAAGUCAGCCGCAGCAGAGCAUCGGAGGCUUUUACCCAUUAAUUGGGUGGAAGAUUGGGCAGGAAGUUGUGUGUUUGGCCGAAAGCAAUGCUGGAGACACUGGUAGUGCCAUAAAGUGGGCUCAACAAUUAGAUCUUUUUACAGAUGUUGCUGAGACUGAAAAAAUGGCCCAAAGUCUGAACGAUUCUGAAGGUGUCUAUUUUGUUCCUUCUUUCAGUGGAUUGCAGGCUCCCUUAAAUGACCCCUGUGCCUGCGCAUCUUUCAUGGGGUUGAAGCCUUCUACCAAUAAGUAUCACCUUGUGCGAGCCAUACUGGAAUCCCUGGCUUUCAGAAACAAACAGUUGUACGAGGUCAUGCAGAAAGAGAUCCAAAUUCCUGUGACAAAAAUUCGGGCAGAUGGGGGUGUCUGUAAGAACAAUUUUAUCAUGCAGAUGACCUCUGACCUCCUCAAUGAGACCAUUGACAGGCCUGCACAUGUGGACAUGUCAUGCCUCGGUGCUGCAAGCCUGGCCGGCCUGGCUGUGGGCUUCUGGCGUGACAAGGAGGAACUAAAGAAACUGAGACAGAGUGAAAUGGUUUUCAAGCCACAGAAGAAAUGGCAGCACUAUGAGAUGAGUAUGGAAAACUGGGUGAAGGCGGUGAAACGCUCUAUGAAUUGGUAUAACAAGACUUAGUGCUCAGCAGAAUGGUGGGAACCCAAUGUCCCAUUGAUGG